GGUGACAAGCCCCCCGGGUUCCGCGGCUCCCGGGACUGGAUCGGCUGCGUGGAGGCCAGCCUCUGCCUCGCUCACUUCGGAGGGCCCCAGGGACGCCUCUGCCACGUACCCCGGGGAGCGGGGCUGCAUGGGGAGCUGGAGAAGCUUUACUCCCACUUCGCAGGGGGCGGGGGCCCAGUCAUGGUUGGAGGGGACGCGGAUGCCAGGUCUAAGGCCUUGCUGGGAAUCUGCAUCGGGUCAGGCACGGAAGACUAUGUCCUGGUAUUGGACCCUCACUACUGGGGCGCUCCAAAAAGCCCCAGUGAACUACAAGCUGCUGGGUGGGUGGGCUGGCAAGAGGUGAGUGCAGCCUUUGACCCCAACUCCUUCUACAACCUGUGCUUGACCAGCCUUAGCUCCCAACAGCAGCAACACACCUUGGACUGAGGGCAAAGUUACAGAACUGAGAUUCUCGGGUCCCAGACAUGCACCUUUGUACCACCCACUGGUGUCCCUGCAGAGCCUGGCGCUUUUGACAUCAAUAAUAAAAGUGGCAGGGCUGA